CAGCUUUACAGAUAUUGUGCUUAUUUUCUUGAAAAGGCUCCAGGCUUCGGCUUGGAAAAUCCAACCGCCAAAAUUGAGCCCAGCAGCUGGAGCGGCAGCGAGAGCCCUGCCGAAAACAUGGAAAGGAUGAGUGACUCUGCAGAUAAGCCUAUUGACAAUGACGCGGAAGGGGUCUGGAGCCCCGACAUUGAGCAGAGCUUUCAGGAGGCCCUGGCUAUCUAUCCACCAUGUGGGAGGAGGAAAAUCAUCUUAUCAGACGAAGGCAAAAUGUAUGGUAGGAAUGAAUUGAUAGCCAGAUACAUCAAACUCAGGACAGGGAAGACGAGGACCAGAAAGCAGGUGUCUAGUCAUAUACAGGUCUUAGCAAGAAAGAAAGUUCGAGAAAUUCAAGCCGCCAUUAAGGUGUCUAGUCACAUUCAGGUUCUUGCCAGAAGGAAAUCUCGUGAUUUUCAUUCCAAGCUAAAGGUAACAAGCAUGGAUCAGACUGCAAAGGACAAGGCCCUUCAGCACAUGGCCGCCAUGUCGUCAGCCCAGAUCGUCUCUGCCACUGCCAUUCACAACAAGCUGGGGUUGCCUGGGAUCCCACGCCCCACCUUCCCGGGGGCACCGGGGUUCUGGCCUGGAAUGAUACAGACAGGGCAGCCAGGAUCCUCACAAGAUGUCAAGCCCUUUGUGCAGCAGGCCUACCCCAUCCAGCCUGCGGUCACGGCCCCCAUUCCAGGGUUUGAGCCUCCGUCUGCCCCAGCUCCCUCUGUCCCUGCCUGGCAGGGCCGCUCCAUUGGCACAACCAAGCUUCGCCUGGUGGAAUUCUCAGCUUUCCUCGAACAGCAGCGAGACCCAGACUCGUACAACAAACACCUCUUCGUACACAUUGGGCAUGCCAACCAUUCCUACAGUGACCCAUUGCUUGAAUCAGUGGAUAUACGUCAGAUUUAUGACAAAUUUCCUGAAAAGAAAGGUGGCUUAAAGGAACUAUUUGGAAAGGGCCCUCAAAAUGCCUUCUUCCUCGUAAAAUUCUGGGCUGACCUAAACUGCAAUAUUCAAGAUGAUGCUGGGGCUUUUUAUGGUGUAACCAGUCAAUAUGAGAGUUCUGAAAAUAUGACGGUCACCUGUUCCACCAAAGUGUGCUCCUUUGGGAAGCAAGUAGUAGAAAAAGUAGAGACGGAGUAUGCAAGGUUCGAGAAUGGCCGAUUUGUAUACCGAAUAAACCGCUCCCCAAUGUGUGAAUAUAUGAUCAACUUCAUCCACAAGCUCAAACACUUACCAGAGAAAUAUAUGAUGAACAGUGUUUUGGAAAACUUCACAAUUUUAUUGGUGGUAACAAACAGGGAUACACAAGAAACUCUCCUCUGCAUGGCCUGUGUAUUUGAAGUUUCAAAUAGUGAACAUGGAGCACAACAUCAUAUUUACAGGCUUGUAAAGGACUGAAAAUGGUUAUUUAUAUAUAUAGAUAUCUGUAUAUACACACACACACACACACACGUACGUACGUGCACACACACACUCUCCAUUAUCGAACGACUGUAAACCUCACCACACAGGUGGUGCCCUGGCCCUGAGGUCACCCCGACUUUUCUAAAUCCUGUUUGAGUGAAGUCAUUUUUUCAUGUGUUCAUACUAUCACGGUAGCUGUGAAGUUCUGGUACAGUUGUAAAAAAAGAGAAAUCAAGUUGUUUCUAUGUGUUCUUCAGAUCUGCAGACCACAGUUCUUCAGGAAAGGUGAACCUUAAUAACCAGUCUCGCUCUGCGGAGACCUGUUUCUUAUUAUGGUAGAAAAUAUUAAGACAGAGCAUUGGCCAUGGGACAUUUACUGCCUUUAUACAAAUGUAUUUAGUUCUCAUUUUCCAACAUAAAAUUCUUGUUUUAAGAUACAAGUAAAAUUAAUCUUUAAAUAUAAAUGUAAAUUAGUACACAAAACUAAGAAUCUAGACUUAUCUUUGUAACUAAUUAGGGUGGAAGUUAUGAAAGAAUGUAAUUCACUAAAUUAUUUUUUAAAUGAAAUCUUUCUUUCUUUUUGAAACCAAAUGUUAAACUAUAGCCUUAAGAAAUGCUUGGUAGAAAUAUCCUAAUGAGAUGAAUUUGUACUUUUCCUCAAGGUUUAAACUAAUCUCCUAAUCCAUUAAACUCUUGAACAGAUAUUACAAAGGAAGAAAAUUUUACCCCUUAUCCUUAACAUAUAUAGUAUAUUUAAAAAUGUAAAAUUGUAUUGUACUAAUGUGAUGAUUGAUUAUUUAAUGAAAAAGAUAUGGCUCUUUUGCAAUAAGUAGAUAAAUACUGAAAAAUCUAAACUCACAAUGUUUAUAGUCUUGUGUGUGCAGUUAUAUUUUAUAUGGACAACCAAAUUUUUUAUUAAGAUGAGUAAAUAUUUGAACCACUGAAAUUUAAUAGCAAAAUUUUAAAUUGGCAUGAAUACUGCACUGUGAGCUGCAAAGGAUAGAGAAUCCUGUGGCUGGGAGAAAAUUUCGUCAACCAAACAAAUUUUAAAAAGGCUCAUCAGGUUUAGCAUCUCUGCUCCCCAGAAAACUGCAAGCAUCCUCACCAGCCUGUGGAUAAAUCCUUCCUUUCUAGUGACCCAACAUGCAUAGGAAUCCGCGUGACUAUGGCUGUGUGUGUGUGAGAUGCCUGUGUACACUUACACACAUACGUGGUUACUCAACACUCAUUGAACAUCAGUUUGGUGUCGCUCAGUUUGUAAGGUGCUGACAAGUAUUGCUUCCUGGUCUGCAACUGAAGACUUAGAUAUAUUCUCUCUGAGGACAUCCAUUUCUUUCACAUCUCUCAACAAGCACUUGUUUGACUUAGGUAUAAGAGGCCCAGCUAUUUCUCUCUGACCUUUUCAAACAGGCUCAGUCUCUCUCUCCAGGAGAGAUUCAUCUUUCAGUCCAAGUAUUCCAAAGUAUUACCCAGGCAAGGUUGGUUUGCUGUGGCCACAUGUCUUGGGUUAUAUCCAUAAGUGCUUCACUGUGGGAGUGAAGAGGGGACAACCCCUCAACUUUCCAGAGGAAAAUGAUGUUUUUGUAACUGUCAAGAAUAUGUGAACACAAUAGAACAUGAAAUCUGCUUUGGAAGUCAUAAAGAAGUCAAGAUUUUUUACCAAGGCUAGAAGAUAAAAACUGAGUUCUACCAUAUCCAAAUAACUUACACAUCCAUCCCUUCCUUGCCCCAUCACCUGCUCUGGCCUUGCUUGUGUAUUGUUCAGAUCUUGUAGUCAUGAGUGUGACCGUGUAGCUAGCUUGUGGCAAACAGCCCAAAACUAGACUAAGCCUGGCCUCUUCCACAGAAGUCCACAGUCCCUGGGAAGCACAGAGGAAGACGUGCAGACUUUCUCAUUAGGAAUGCAUGUCGUUUAAUAAACUAGUAGGGCACACUCCUCUCCCCCUGCCCCAACAAGACUAUCUUUGUUCCCUGUCCUAAUCAGGGCUUUGGAGAAUUGCCCUAGCACCUCACACCCUUCAUGUGGUCUUCAGCCCAACUAGUUAACCAUCUUCUACAGUCAUGUGAUGAACACACCUCUUAGGGAUGCUUCUUUGGCCUCUAUUUCCUGCAUCUUUCAUCAGGGGAACCCACUUCCAAUACAAGGACUUAGGAACUGGUGCAUAUGAAGUGGCUAACUUCUUCGGGGGAAGAGAUGCCUGGUUCGUGUUUCACCAGGAGUGGGGCUCUUCUGCCUACUAGAGGGAGCUCUUGGGGUUUACCUGCUAAAGCACAGAAAGGUAGGGACUCAGGAAGACCAGCUAGAGAAUGACUGUGGCUUCACUGCCCAGGUCUUGCGCUCAGUGCUCUUGCAGUUGAGGUUUGGGGGAUUGUGUGAAUAACACUGAAAGUUACACAAAUGUCUGUGAGAUUUUAAAUUCUAAGGAUUUCUCCAGGACAGUCAUUGGUCUGGUUACCCCAGACUCUCAAGCUGGCUUUUCUUUGCUUCUCCCAAAUCAGACCAUUGCGUGGGGUUUGUGUCCUCAUCUCUAAUCUGAGUCUCUUCAAUCCUUUGUCAUAUAUGCUUCUUCUUUUGUCUUAAAGGCUUCCUAAACAAUAAGCACACCUCUGCAAGACCCUGGCCCACUGCUGUUCCCUUCUGGGUGCUCUCUGUCCUGAGGCCCCUCACUACCACGUUUGCAGGAGCACCUUGCACUCCCACUGCAGAGUUUGGAGGCCAGUUUUCCAUAGGGAGGAGCUGGGGAGCAGGACUCUCUUCUGUUGGCAAUUAUUUCCAUUGCAGUAAGAGAUCUAAAGAACAGCCAGGACUUCAGAACAUGUCCAGAAUCUCAAGAGUGUCUGGGCAUCCCGAAACCAGGGUUUUUCCACCUUAUUUGACAUUUCAUAGCAGAUAAUCCCUUGUUGUGUGGGGCUGCCCUAAGCAUUGCAGGAGGGUUGCUAGUCUUCUUGGCCUCUAUCCAGUAGUACCCCUUCCCCCGGUUGUCACAAGUCACAGUGUUCCCAGACAUUUCCACAUGUCCCAUGGGCUUCGACAUCACUUCCAAUCUGAGCGACUACCCUGAAUCUUCGGGUCAUAUUAGCACACUGGUGAUGGUUUUCUCUUCCAUUUCAUCCUGCAAAAGCUCUUUCCUGGGAACCUUAUUUCGGGUCCUCAACAGGCAGGCAGGUGGGAAUAUAAUUAAGUGACAUCGUUUUCAUGUUUCCUCUUUGAAACUUCAUAAAUCUCAACAAGUAUUCUUUUGUUCAUCCCUGGGGAAAUUAAAAGCCAGCUGGGCACUGUCAUCCUUGUUAUCAACUAAUACCUAUUCAGAAAGUGUUUUUCUGAUUUGACUUUCAGCCCUGAGUUUAGCAAGAGUUAAAAAAAAAAAAAAAGUAAUUUUCAUUGUCAUAAGCUCAUGGGCGUCAUUAUCAAACUUUCCAUCACUUCAGUGUGUUUCUUCUGGGCUCCUUCAACAUUCUGCCUUCAGUCAGUGCUGUUUAGAACUUCCUGAGACCUCCAGAACAGUUUCUUUUCAUCUUGAUGGAAGGAGGGAAGGAUCUGUGGCAGAAAGGGAUUGAUACCAUUUUUCUUUAUUGAGCUAAAAGAGAGCACAAGUUAGUCCUUCAUCUUGGGGAUGAGAAGGUUAGUGCCCCUGGGGGACGUGGGAUGGGUUGCCCAGGUCCCCCUGCUGGCUGGUCACAGAGUAAAGGUGAGGACUCGUUAGGGCUCUGCCUCCUUAAUCCUUGGCCUCUUGUGUAGAGGCUGUUCUUCCUCGGUGCUCUAUGCUUACAUGACCCCAGGAAGGCAUUGCUCAGACAAGGGGGCGAUGCAGCAGCACAUGCGUCCGCCAGCCCAGGUCUCUGAGGCAUCCACAAGCAGGUAGGAAAAGCUGAUGAGCCUUUCACUUCCUGUGAGGAGGACAUUUCACCUGCCACAGAUUCUGCGUCAAAUUUCUAUUUGCUGAGCAUCGCAGCAGCAAAGGCCUGCCUUCAAACCAGCCAAAAAAACAGCCCCUGACCUGAGCACUUGGUGUUAAAAGUCCUCAAGAGACUUUUAAACCCAAGGCUUCUUUAGGUUUCAAUACUGUGGUGGCUUUAGCCCCUAUGAAUUAUUUGAACCAUUUGAGAUGACAGCCAGUUUUACAAACCAGGUACAUAUAAUUUGUAUACUUUUGUAUAUGCUCUGGUACACUACACAUGUCCUAACGAAGGGUGGAGCUCAUUCUGUCUGUCGGUGUUCACGCCGUGACACUAGGGGGACAUCUGCAUUGCUUAUUUAUGUUGAUGUUUCUGUGGCAAAGCCCUGCACGCAUCGUUUCUGAAAAGCCUUAAAUCUCGGAGGCAUUGCUUGUAGAUUCUGCAGUGCAAGAGGCUGCCUCAGAACUGUGAGCUCUUUUGUAAGCUGGAAGCAUUUCUCUCACUACUGUUACUUUUGUAGGAAGUUUUCAAUUCAGAGCUGCCAAAGCGUUCAGUAAGCAGUGCCUUAGUCAUACCUUAGUCGUGCCGCCAGCCUCCCCUCACACCUAUCUCAGUGUUUGCUCACGAACUGGCCCAGUCUUGAACAGGACAAGAAAAACUUGUUUUUGUUAUUUUUCUCCUUGAACCUGUUUUUCUCUGGUUCUAUUGGAAACUGGCGACUUGGUCUAAAAUCUGAAACUGAAUCCAAUGUCUAUACCAAAACAAAAGGUUGCAACUCUAGUUUACUAUGAAAAGUAAAUUGUACUUUUAUUGUUGCCUUUUGAAUUCAUGACCAAAUACUUAGCUAUUUGUGAUUCUUCUGCACUCUAGCAUGAAAGUGCCUUUGGUUUGAGAUUCCAGCUUAGAAAAGUGCUGCCAUAAUAACGAUAAUUUGUAGAGAGACCAAAAAUAUUUUGAGAUCACCAUAAUGCCUUUGGUUUACCGGGAUGAGUAACCAGCCACAGGCCUCUGUCACAAGAGCACAGCACAGGCUGCCUGCUGGUCUGUCUGCUGGUGGGGACCCCACCUGCGCUCACUCACAGCACACCACAGCAGGAGGGACCCCCGAACUGUUGUGCUGUGCCUGCAGACCACCCGGUGUGUCAUUUCCACUAGUCACCCAGCCCUGCAUCCACGCGAAAGAAUUUCCGCACAAACAACAGAAUCUCGGCCGGUGGACAGACGUGACGGCUUUCGCCUCCUCCUUGUGUCUUUUGAGUCUCUGUAGCGACUUUGUUUUCUACUCAUGUGACAGCGCGCACUUAUCUGACGUACAUGAUACCAUUUCGAAAGUUGGAAGCCUCUCAAACUGAGACGACAGUGCAGGACAAAAAAACGUGUUAGGGUCAUCACAACUGAAGUGUUCUUAGGGCAAGCAUGUUGGCUCUGAGUGCUGUGUGAACGUGCUAUGAGAAACUUCCAAAGAGCACCGUUCGCAAUUCGGCCUUUUCAAGGAAUGUUCCAGCCCACCAAGGGGCAGCUGUUCAGUCUGUGUCAACUUUUAUCCAAACCUUGUCUAAAUUGGGAAAACUGAUAGAGGUGAGAAAGAGGAGUGAAAAGGAUGAGGCAAAACAACAAAACAAAGCAAACAAAAAAAAAAAAAAAA